UAGUGCUUUUUUCUUCUGUCGGCUUGCACAACAAUUUGCAUGUGUUCUCUGAAGUAAUUUGAUAAAUUCACUAAAUUGUUACCAAAAUGAGGCUCACUAAUGUGCUGUUCAAGAAAGUAAAGAGCAAGCGCAUCAUGGUGGUGCUCGAGAGCGUGGUCAGCGGCCAUCAGUUCAAUGCGUUCCGCGAGCGCCUCGCGGACAAACUGGAGCUGAUACGCUUCGAUCCAUACAUACAAAAGGAGAGCUUGUAUCGCGAGCGGAAGAAAAUUCGCAGCGCUUAAGGUAAAACGUGAACGCGCAGACCCACAAAAUGUAGUUUUUUGUU